CGGGCGGGCGGUGAGCGCGGGGGCUGGGCGAGGCCCCGCGACCCGCAAGGGAGGCGGCGCGAGGCCGAGGCGGCUGGCUCGAGAGCCGGGCAUGAGCGUCCAGUAGCCAAGUGCCCGCGGCGGCCGGGCCUCAGAGGCGACGCGCGCGCGGGCGGGUGGGUAGCAGCAGCAACGUAGCCCGGCGGCCCCGGCGGAACGAGCAGCCGCCCCAGAGGCCCCCGCGGCAGUGCGGCCGCGCUGAGGCGCGCUCCCUGCCUGCUGCACAACGCCCGCCCAGGGCCGCCCUACCUCGGCCCCUGACCACCGCCGCCGCCGCCCCGAUGAGCUCUUACUUCGUGAACCCGCUGUACUCCAAGUACAAGGCGGCGGCCGCGGCGGCGGCGGCGGCGGCGGCCGCGGCGGGCGAGGCCAUCAAUCCCACUUACUACGACUGUCACUUCGCGCCCGAGGUCGGCAGCCGCCACGCCGCCGCCGCCGCCGCCCUGCAGCUCUAUGGCAACAGCGCCGCCGGCUUCCCGCACGCGCCCCCGCAGGCGCACGCGCACCCGCAUCCGUCGCCGCCGCCCGCCGGGCCGGGUUGCGGUGGUGGGGGCGGCCCGGGCCACGGCCAGGACUACUUCCACUCCGGCGGGGGCAGCCCGGCCGCAGCCUACCAGGCCGCCCCCCCCCCUCCUCCGCAUCCUCCGCCUCCGCCGCCGCCUCCCCCCUGCGGCGGGAUUGCCUGUCACGGGGAGCCCGCGAAGUUUUACGGAUACGAUAACUUACAGAGACAGCCGAUUUUUACGACCCAGCAAGAGGCCGAGCUGGUACAAUAUCCUGACUGUAAAUCGUCCAGUGGUAAUAUUGGCGAGGACCCAGACCACUUAAAUCAGAGCUCGUCUCCUUCUCAAAUGUUUCCCUGGAUGAGACCACAAGCAGCUCCUGGUAGACGAAGAGGAAGACAAACCUACAGUCGUUUCCAAACUCUAGAGCUGGAAAAAGAAUUCCUUUUUAACCCUUAUCUGACCAGGAAGAGAAGAAUUGAGGUUUCCCACGCCCUAGCCCUCACGGAGAGACAGGUAAAAAUCUGGUUCCAGAACAGGAGAAUGAAAUGGAAAAAAGAAAACAACAAGGACAAAUUCCCAGUUUCCCGACAGGAGGCAAAGGAUGGGGAGACCAAAAAGGAAGCCCAAGAGCUGGAGGAAGACAGAGCUGAAGGCCUGACAAAUUAACUUCUACCUUUAAAAUUUUACCACAGACUAUUAAAACUAAUGAUCAACACAUGCUGUUGGACACCAUCUAUUUUCUUUGUUGGAAAGGACUUUACCUGUAUUUCAAGCUACCUUCAUGUCACUGCUCUUGAGGUUUCUGCGCUUUGAGAGGGGUUUGGGUGUUUAAAGUUUCUAGUAUCACAUAGAAGCAGCCCUUGAGCUGUCCUAUGUAAGGGUAAUUUGAUACUGACCUUGUUGCUAUAUUUUUAUAAUGGUAGUUUUUAAUGUCUGAGCUGGUGAUUUGCCUCAACAACAUAAACUUCCUAAUGAUUAGCACUAAAUAAUUGAAUAUAAAAUGCUUUAUUAAUCAAACAAGUGCACUUGAACACUUAAAAUCAUUUCUUUAUGGUGAGUAAAUUAAAAGAGAUCUAUUAAUUUUUUUAAAAAAAUUAUGCCUGCAGAAUAUUUACCUUAUGUUAUUUGAUUAAAGCGUAUUAUUUAUGUUUUCUUUUUCUGCUUUUAUAAUGAAUGGUUUGGGUGCCGUUUGUUUACUCCUACAAGGUUUCUUUGAGUAUUUUGUAAAUGUAAUAUCUCUGGGAAAAUUCUGGGCCAAAUAUUCAUAAAGCACAUGUUAGCUGGAGAGUGUAAUGUGUCGUCCAGCUCUGCAGCUUCCUUAAACUUGGGGAAGAUGUUGGGCCAAUGACAAAAGUUUCAGGAAAAUGUUGUAGUUGAUGUUUAAUAAUUUUCUGUAGUCUAUACAAAUUGUGGCAAUUUAAUCAUCUAAAGUGAGUGAAUACUUGAAAAGCCAAUUAUAACAUUUUCACUCAUUAACUUUUCACUCUGGCAAGUCGCCUUGUGGAAUGUCUCUCAUUUCUCAACUUGCUUUCGUUUUGAACUGUGCUUGGUAUCGCCUGAAAUCGCUAGGUCUCUAUGCUGUGGCCGCUGCUGUGAUCCGUUUUUUGAAUAGGUGCCAUAUUUAUUUGUAUUUCCUUCGCUCUGUUUGCACGCCCAUUUUGAGCCAACUUGUGUGCGCCUCAGAUGUCGGUUGGUACGUCCUCUGCUGUUCUCCAGGAUGGCCUCACCUAUUGAAACAAGCCCUGAGAGCAAAUGCAGAAAAAUCUGAGUGUAAACAACCGCUCCAGAACAUAGCUAGCUCCUUAAUAAAGAAAUGAAUCUUUUUUA